AUCUUUUCACCAAUGUAGAUGAAACAGCAAUAAUGGCACGGAGUAUUGUUGAUUCUCAAGGCGUUUGUUUUGUUCCAGGUUUUCAGGUUUCUGUGAAUGACCCGUGUUUAUGUGCCUCUUUCAUGGGUCUGAGACCUUCCACUACCAGAAACCAUCUCGUACGAGCUAUAUUGGAAUCUGUAGCUUUCAGAAACAAACAGCUUUAUGAUAUCAUUGUGAAGAAGGUACGCAUUCCUCUUCAGAUUAUUAGAGCUGAUGGAGGUGUCAGUAAUAAUAGUUUUGUCAUGCAGAUGACUUCAGAUUUAAUUAAUAAGAAGAUAGAAAAACCUGCAAAUGCAGACAUGUCUAGUCUUGGUGCAGCUUUUCUAGCAGGUCUUGCUUCAGGAUUUUGGACUGACAAAGAACAACUAAAGAAGCUGAGGCGAAUAGAAGCAGUUUUUGAGCCCCAGAAGGACUCAGAGGAAUACAAACCUGCUAUGGAUACCUGGUUACAAGCAAUGAAACGCUCCCUGCGCAGGCAGAAAUUGGCAUUUUAA